GGAGGUGCAUAAGCACUCGACUGUGAUUGGCAAUGGUGUGGCUGACGGUGCUGUUCAUCUUCCGCAUGCUGGUGCUGGGCACGGCGGCCGAGUCGUCGUGGGGGGACGAGCAGGCCGACUUCCGCUGCGACACCCUGCAGCCCGGCUGUCAGAACGUGUGCUACGACCAGGCGUUCCCCAUCUCGCACAUCCGCUACUGGGUGCUGCAGAUCAUCUUCGUGUCCACGCCGUCGCUCGUGUACAUGGGCCACGCGGUGCACACGGUGCGGAGGCAGGAGAAGCGGAGGCUGCGGGAGGCCGAGGCCGAGCGCGCGGGCGGCGGCGGCCAGUGCCCCAAGGCCGAGCCGCUCUGCUGGGAGGACGCCAGCGGCAAGGUCAUCCUCAAGGGCAGCCUGCUGCACACCUACGCAUGCGCCAUCGUGCUGCGCACCGCCUUGGAGGUGGCCUUCCUGGUGGGCCAGUACCUGCUCUACGGGAUCUUUCUGGAAACGCUGCACGUGUGCCGCCGCAGCCCGUGUCCCCACCCGGUCAACUGCUACGUGUCCCGGCCCACGGAGAAGAACGUCUUCAUCGUCUUCAUGCUGGCCGUGGCCGCGCUCUCGCUCUUCCUCAGCCUGGCCGAGCUCUACCACCUGGGCUGGAAGAAGAUCCGGAAGCGGUUCGCGAGAUCGAAGCCCGGCCCGGCCGGGCUCCCCGAUCCCCGGCCCGGCCCGAGCUGCACCCCGCCGCCCGACUUCCACCAGUGCCUGCGCGGCGGCCCCGGCGGCGGCGGCGGCGACUUCUACGGCCCCUUCUCCCCGGGCGGCGCCGUCGUGCCCCCGCGACCGGACGCGGACGCCCCGGCCGCCGGCACCGCCCCCCGCCCCCCCGCCGAGCCGGGCCGGGACCCCGAGCCCGCCCCCCCGGAAGGCUUCAUCCACCUGCGGUACGGCAGCGCGAAGCCCGGGCUGCCCGGCCACGCCCCCUCGCCGGGACCCCGCCCGCUGCACGGUUACACAUAG